GGUAAUAAAAGUAAAUUGGUAUCUAACUAAUGUUAGCAAAGUUUAGAAAAUUUAAGUUUAGAAGAAAGUGGGUAAAAACAAAUCCCUCUUUCUUCUCACGCCGCCCACCGUUCCUUCCUUUUCUCUCUCAUUCUCCCCCACAGGCCAGCCGCCAAGCCUUCUCUCGUCUGCGCCACUCGCCACCGCAGCCAGCCGCUCGUCUCCGUCGCCGGCGAAUCCAAUCGCUCCUCUCCGCCGCCGCAUCCAGCUGCAGUUCGUAUUUGCCGCUGCCUAGGGUUUCUCCGCCUCUCGAUUUUGCCUUCUAUCUUGCAGAUAUGCGGCUCUAUUACGGGGCCAAAGAGAUCCUAAAGAUUCAAAAAUUUCGGAGGAUUGUGUCCUACACUGGAUUCUAUCUCUUCGUUUCCGUUUUGAGCUACGCUUAUACAAGCAAUACAACUAGAGCUGGGUAUUCUCGAGGGGAUCAAUUUUAUGCUUCUUACCCUGCUGGUACGGAGCUCUUGACAGACACUGCGAAGCUAUACAAAGCUGCUCUUGGGAAUUGUUUUGAGUCAGAAGAAUGGGGUCCGAUUGAGUUCUGCAUCAUGGCAAAACAUUUUGAGCGCCAAGGGAAAUCUCCAUAUGCAUAUCAUGCUCAAUACAUGGCACAUCUUCUGUCUCAUGGACAACUUGAUGGAAGUGGGUAGCACAACACCAUCCAACAAACGAAGAGCUUUGAGACUUUUUACCAGUAUGAGCAUUAGAUUACAGACUACCCACUUCAAUACUUAAAUUCCCUUUUUUGUAAUUUAAGUAUUGGUUACGACAUGCCGACUUGAGGAUAGCUGACUGGUCCGAAGCAUUAGGAGCCCUCCUUAUGGGUCGAUGGUUCGAAUUUCACCCAUUCGUUUGAAUUGUAACACUCAGUGUCGAUGGCUAUAGUUAUUGCAUUUUACUUGAGAGGAUGUGUAAUUUGGAAUAAGAAGAACUGAUCUUCACCCACUUCAAUUAUGCCUAUUUAGGCAAUGAUUUUAGGAUGAAGUGCUCUUCCGGGAUCUAUGCUGUUUGGCAGAUUUUGCUCUUGUUUUGUUU